CAAGCAUAUUUUCAAACUUAGUAAAUUGUUUGUAUUCGCGUAAAACAAAUAACGCUCCACGCGAAAAAUAGGAGCGACGGAAUAUUUUGAUUUAAAUCUUAUCGAUAAAUCUUACGAGGUUGUCAAUCCCCGAUCUCAAUGAGCUUUGAAUGAUACGACGACAUUCAGGUAUCUUUCUGUUAUCUUCGAUAAUUAUUUAUAUUUAAAGCUUCCGAUUUAUGAGAUAAUAAGGUAUUCGCACUAUAUCAAAACAAAAUGAAGUUCACCUUACUGAUAGCGUUAGCUGUGACAUUUUUAGCUGAUCCAGGGCUUGCCUUUGAUAAGGAAGGAAAGUCAGAUUUGAAAUGGUACCUUGACUGCUACUGGAGGCAAUACUUGGACGGAGAAAUCCCAUCAGACGCAGUACAAGCAGGUCAUGACAUGCUACAGAGACCUACUUACAUAGGGCAAGCUCUGGUGUAUACUGUGGCCUUCAACCAAACCAUUUACGCUGAGGUGCCUUUCAACCUCAAUCCUUUCACCGAGACCCAAUUCCUAGGUGUAGGAGGACCUAUAGCUGUCCAAUCACAUAUCAAGAUCCUUUGCUGCGCCUCUGAAAAAUCAGUCGAAUGGGUCAGAACCACUCCCGAGCGGAUUUUCUUUGACCUGGCGAACCGCAAGCCUGUCCUGGGAGGUCAACAGUUGCAUCUGGAAGAGCCGAUCAAGCACGACCUGCUGAUCGGCAGAACGCUACCCAGCAAGGAGCAGAUCGUUGGGAAAAUUUUGAUGAACAAUGCGGACCACGUGAUAUUUUACUAUGUGAACGGUAGCAACACUGCUAUGCUGAGAGUCAGUCCUUACGAGGUUUUGGUUUAUAAGGCUUGAUUGAAGCUGGAAAAAUAAAAUUGAAUCGAAACUACUCAGUUUUUUUAUCAACAUACUUGCUUUCACUGAAAACGCUUCAGUAAAGGUAGAUAUGUAUUCUGGGUAAGCACAUGUAAGUGUUAUUUUUCGAUAAUAAGCUAUAAUUGAUUCCUUUGACUAAGUUAUAAAUCUCUAACACUAUUUCCUGCUAACAACAAACUGUGCCGAUCAUAACGACAAUGAUGACGAGGACGAUGAUGACGACGAUGAUGACGACGACGAUGACGAGGAUGAUGACGACGAUGAUGAAGAGGUUAUUCGAAAUUUCAAUCUUCUGGAACUCAGAUACUACAUUAAGCAGAUAAAAGUGCACCAGAAUUGGUUGCUCUUGAUAUCACUAAAGCGCUUGAUCAGCUGUGGCACGCCAAAUUUUUCAAUGUAUCUCCCAUGUAUUUUCCCAUGCCAAGAGAUAUGAGCUAAACUUCAGUAGGACUUUCUUCAACAUAUAUAGCUUAAUUUAACGAGAAAAACAUGGGAAUGCAUUAUCGAGAAAACCCCAGGCCACAGGACAAGAUUUAAAAAUUGCUCUAUUGCUACUAUGAACAACCUUGUGGUUCUGUAUAUACGUUUGUCCUCUCUAGGCAUGGGAAAUAAACCUUGGAGAAAAUGAUGUGCCUAAGAUAAUUACUGCUUUGUAUGUAUGUAGACAACUCUAGUUUUUUCCUAAGAACCUUCAUUACAUUUCGUGAGAAUUAUUUAUUUCCUAUAUUUGUUGAUAUCUUAAGGAAGCUACAUGAAAAUUAUAUCAAUUAUUCAUGAUAUCGUGUUCCUUGAUGCAUGUUAGCCAUUUAAAUGUUCACCAUUCGUUUCUCAUGUAAAGCUUAAUAGAUUUGUACGCCUUCGUGGCCUGUUAUAUCUAAUUAAAAGUACC